AUGCAGCAAAUCCCGCCGGCGGACGACGGCUACUUCGCGCUGAGCCCAGACGAGGCUGCGUUCUUCAAGGCGCAGACGGGGAUCGAGGAUGACGAGGAGCUCAAGAGGCAUAUUAUCGGCGUACAGCGCAAGGCGUACGAGGCGAGUGAGCUGUUUGCGCCGUAUCCGUGCAUUUUAUUGUUUACGUUUCUUGACUUCAUUAUGGGUAAGCUGCCAGCCUACCAGCAACUUGUAGAAAUCGGCCGGGAGCGUGAGGAUUCCAUAUUCCUGGACAUAGCAGCCUGCUGUGAGUUUGGUCUGGACGCAAGGCGUGCGAUCGCAGACGGGUUUCCCGCUCAAAACGUCAUUAUAUCCGACUUGAGGCCAGAGCUGCUUGACUUCGGCCAUAAGUUCUUCAGGACGACGCCGGCGACGUACCCGGUGCACCACUUGGCAUGCGACGCGUUCGACCCCUCAACGCUCGAGGUCGUCCCGCCUUCAUACGAGUUGAACACGUCUUCGCCGCGGCCCGAUCUCAACUCGCUCACGUCACUCAACCCGCUGCACGGCCGCGUUUCUGCCAUAUACGCCGGCAUGUUCUUCCACCUAUUUAACGAGGCCCAGCAGCUGCACCUCGCCCGCGCGCUCGCGGGCCUCCUCUCGCCCGUACCUGGCUCGCUCAUCUUUGGAGUCCAUAACGGGGCCGUGGAGAAGGGCACGAAGCAGUUCCAGGGCUAUGGGGCCUCUCUGCAGAUGUUCUGCCAUUCGCCCGAGAGCUGGCGGGCGAUGUGGGCGGAGGUGUUCGCUGGCAAGGAGGAGGCGGUCAGGGUGGAGGCUCAGCUGAAGACGUACAAGACGAGGGCGGGGGAGUUCGAAGCGCUGGAGUGGUCUGUUACGAGGCUUUGA